GUUUGGAAUAAGUUUUUGUUGCUGUUCUAAAAUACUUGUUUUCUGUAUUUUAUGCUUGGGAUAUCAUGGCUAGUGGAGAUCUUGAGGCUGAUGAAAUGUACCUUGGAUUGGUCGGAGCAAGAAUUCCGUCAACCCAAGACGCUUUACUGAAUGUUACUAGAGAUAAUAACAACCUUCGCCGGAACCUAAGUAGACUACAAGUUCAGUUCACCAAUACAGUAAGUUGUUUGAAAAUGAAAGUUAAGUUUCUGCAGCAGUCACUCUCGGAACAAACCCAAGAGACAGAAGUUGUAUCCCAAAUGAAAAUAGAAAAUACUUCUCUGCGAUUGCAAUUAACACAAACUGAGCAAGAUUUCUACGACCAACAAAUUGAACUGAAAAGAAGUCAAGAAGAAAUAGCUGGCCUUGAAGAGGAAAUAGAAGCCUUAUCUAACCAGCUUGAUUAUUUAAAAGGAAUGAUCUCAAAAACUCCACUUGAAAGCCAAAAACAUGACUUGAUGGAUACCCGAAACCAAUUACUAAAUCUGAAAGAAAGUCUGAAUGAGCUGGCAGACCUUGUUGUGGUCAAUAAGAGUCUAUCGGACAAUCUCACGGGAACCAUGUCAUUUCUGAAGAAAUUAGAAGAUAAGACUGAAAGUCUGCAAACGAUUGUAAAGGAAGGGAACGAGAAACUCGAAAAAGAAAGAAGAAGAGCUGAAGAUGAAAGAAGACUUAAUGCUGAAUACAGACACAAGUCUGAACGCAAGCAACGCAAGACGGAUGAAAAACUUGACAAUGUGACAAAGAUGUUGGAAAAGAUGCAUAAUCUAAUGGCUAACCGAAACUUGACAUCAUCACUUGCAAGGCCGGCAGAUGUGAAGAAAACAAAUAAAACAUUCUGGAUGCCGAAUGCGAAAAAACCGGGGUUUCCAUCGGUAAAUAAGAACUAGGACACACACGUACACGCACACACACGCACGCACGCACACACGCACACACACACACACACACACACACAAGUGUGUAUAUAUAUAUUGUAGUGGAUGGAUUGCUAAAAUGAUUCAAAGGGUGUACGACUUUUGAUUUGUGUCUGUGUAUGUUAUAUAUUUGUAAAUGUUUUUUGGUUGGAAGCAUGGGCAGUAGUCUAAUUGAUAAUGUUUUAACAUCAGAAGACAUCUCAUGUAUGAGAGUAUCAAAUGCUUUUUUAUAGUCUAUAAAGGCACAGUACAACUUGGAUUUAAUAUUUAUAACAUUCUAAAUAACAGUUUGUAAUAUAAAAAUAAAUCUGGUGCUACGGCUAUUUCUAAAACCAAAUUUUGAUGAGUUUUAAUAUAUGUUCUCGUUCACACCACUUGUUUAUUCUAGCCCGUUAGGUAAUUGAAAAUAUUUUUGCAAGAAUAUUUACUAAUUUAUUCUUCUAUAGCUAGCAGCACAAGAACGAUCACCCUUCUUUAAGGAUCAGGAUAAAUUUCUUUGUCCUAAAUAUGAUUAAAAUUCUUUACAAGGUAGUAGGAAAUAACAUGCUUUUGCAUAUUAGGACUUUUACACCAUAUUUCAAAUUGGGAAUAGUUUUCAAUUGUAUUGUAAUCGUAAAAGGUCAGUCUUAUUCAUCAACAUUUAACGAACGUUUGCAAACAGUGAAUUUCAAGUCAUGUUUUCAGAAUUAUACUCAGACAUAUCUAAAGAAAAUAUUUUUAAAGCCAUCAAGCACUUGAAUCUGGCAAAAGCUCAGGUCCAGAUAAUAUGCUAAAUAGUUUUUGAUGUGGUUAAGUAUGAAAUGCUAAAAAGUCUACAUGCAAUUUAUAAUAAAGUGCUAGAUUUAGGCCUUUUCCCAGAUAAUUGGUAUAAUUUACUAUAAUAAGUAUUAUUAGUUUUUUUUUGAGCGCUGUUUAAAUAAUUAUUGUGUGCCUUUUCUUAAUCUUGUAUGCGUAUAUAUCAUUGUAAAUAUUUGUAAAUAUUGUAUUUGUCCUCAUGGGCCGUACGGCUGAUUGGAUUUGUAAAAAAACCUAAAUGUAAAGGCUGCACUCUCACAGAUUGACCGCUUUGACCACGUGUUGGAUCUCAGUUUUGUAUAUUAACGUUCAAAAUUUGAUGUUUUAUACCGAAAACCUGAUCUACUGUUACUGUUAGUACCGCUUUUAGCCAUUAAACAAAAAUAUUCUUAAUUACUUGGUUUGAAUUUUGCUUGUAUUUAUUGAUGCAAUCCUUGGCAAAAAAACAACUUGACGGAAUUUUGUAGAAAGAUGCAAUGCUUUUGGCCAAGGAUUCCAUCAUUAAAAUAUAUGCAAAUCGAAAAAAAGUUCUACUCAAGAUAUAUAAUAUGUACAUGAUGCAAUUCUAAACGUUUUCUUUGUCUUGUUCUAUGCCUUUUUCGUUUUGUGAUUACUGUAAAUAAGCUCAUUAUACAUAUAUACUGCUACAAAUAUACGGUAAGCGUAAGUAUUUGAAGAUGUUUUUCAAUAGUAUUAAAAUCAUGCGUUCCAAAAUAUAUCCGACUUAAAAAAAUAAACAUGUUAAAACAACCUCUUUCAAUAGUAUUAUUAAAUUGUUUUAUAAUAAACUUUUUUUCAUUUUUUUACUUUAAGAAAGUUGAAGUAAAUGUUUGUUCGAUCCUUAGCACGCUUACAGAUAGCACAUAAACACUUCUUUCAUACAUUUUUAACAUCUUUUCACGUUGCUGUGAAUUUAUCUUUAGAAAUGACGAUACAAUUUAUUUAAAGAAAAUUGUAGUAUGUAAUAUAUAACUAAUUUUGACAAAAGAUAUGUGCCUGAUUGUAGAACAUAUAAUAUGUUAAAUAUAACUCUGUUCACUAUAUUUGCUGCUGUACUAGCAUAUUUACAACAACGUUAAAAUAUGCCUAUUAAGUCUGUGUAUCAAUUUCAGGCUCAAGACGUUAGUGAAUAUAGGCCCUUAACCCUCGAGCCCUUUUAUUUUUUAUAUUUUAAACUUAACUCAGGCACCAUUCAAUGGAAAACAGUUGCAUUGGUGAUGUCAUCAUUCUAGUUAUUGUUGCGGAGACACCAAGACCGAUAAUCUAGCAGAAGACAAUGUAAAUAAAUAACAAUAAACUAUAUUUGAAAC